AUGGUUCAACACGCUCCAUUUCUACUAGGAAAGUUUUCUGAUCCAUUCUUGGCAGUUAUGGUAGGCUGUAUCAGCUACUAUGUGUACGAAAGAAAGAUGGGACGUCCACAAGGUCAUCAUUUACACGAACUCAUGAAGAAACGGUGGGACGCCCACAAACGAUAG